ACGAUAAUUAUUGGAGAGGUGAAUCAAUACACGGCGCUGAUUGGCUAAUCAACAUUCACAGGCAGGAGUUUUAAAUUCGAUUGAUUGUAAAUAGCUCCGUGUGCUAUGCGAGAAAGUCCUACAAUUUCAGCUGAAUUUCUCAGCAGUCGUGUAACGGAGAGAAAACAUUAUUAAUCCAUAUCAACGACAGACAUGUAAUAAGAUGUCUUCUUCAAGAGACAUGGAAACGAUUGAGCUCUCGGAAGCCAUUAAGACAAUACUUGAUGAUUCACCACAGCGCAAGAAUGAUUGUUCUGUCAGCACCACCAUCACACCCCAAAGCAGAAAGACAAGCCCUAGGGGUCUUACAGCAAGGUUUUCUGUCGGUCAAAGCACAACACCAAACAGCAGAUCUUCAGCGAAAGGAUCCGAAACUCCACUUUCAAGAAAGAGUUCCAUUCUUCAGCGCAGCACUGGGAGCAAUCCCGGCUCAUCGCAAAGGAAGCGCCGCCAUGCCCAAGAAGUCAUCAUCUUGCGGCCACCCAAGAAGCGAGCAAGUGGGUCGACCCCAAGAGUCACAAGUACGUCAAAACUCACCCCGAGCAGUCAAUCAACACCAAAGCCAGCUUCAACAACCCCAUCCCUCAAGAACUCUUUGCAGACUACCCCAUUAUCAAGUCAGAGCAGAUCGCGGAUCAACCCUCAUCACAUCGCUAAUUUUAUAAAGACCGAUGAGAAAAGAUUGACUGAUGCCGUUUUUGUAACCCCCGAGCUUUCCAUGACCCCAAACCAGAUCAGCCUUGUUGGAGGUCAGAACUUAUCCCUCACGGAAAGAGAGAAUUCAGCACAUCAGGACCUGUACCAUCGUUUGAUGGAGCAACAGGGCAGUAGACUACUUGGAGGUGGAGGAGCUUUGCAAGAAGAUUCUGGGGUCAGUGAGCGGUUCACUCCUGGAGGACUCAGUCUAAAUGUUGCUGAUCAGACAAGCAAAAUUAGCCUUAUUGCAAGAGGUCAUAGAGGAAACCAAGAUGACAGUUUGACAAACAUCACUUGGCUUCGAAGAAUGUCGGCGCCUGACCUUGAUCCCAUUACGCGUCCACACAUGAAGUCGCAUGAUCCCCAUAAAGAGAGGCCACCCUACUCAUACAGUUCCCUCAUCCAGUUUGCGAUCAGCAGUGCACCCGAGGGCAAGCUUACAUUGAGGGAUAUCUACUUCUGGAUUGAGACAAACUUCCCUUACUUCCGGACAGCAAAACUGGGUUGGAAGAACUCCAUCCGGCACAACCUCUCCUUGCACAAGAUCUUUGUCCGCGAAGCCCCAUCUGGUCCUGGUCAACCUGCCUUCUGGACGUUACGGCCAGGCACAGUGGUCAGGCUGCCCGAACGCAAGGUUGUAGUACAUGAAGAGAUCGGCAUGCCGACUAGGAUGCCAGAAUGCUUUGUUCCCGACCAUGCCAUUGAUAUGGCUACGAUGGCAAAUCUUCAAAUGCAAGUUGAUCCCACCAUGAACCCUUUGACUGGUAAUAACAUCUUACUGGGCGACCCUCAAAAUAUACCAAUGCUAUCAGCUCAAGAUGGAACCAUGAUAAACAGAGCACCAGUCCUCACAUCAACGCCUGUCAUCCCAAAACCAAAUAUGAAAGGUUCCAAGCGUGUACCUCCUAUACUUCCAAAAGGAACCCCACCGUAUGCCUUGGUUCCUCUGCCAAUCUACUUCACCAAAGAUCCAAAGACAGGGCAGCUAGUCCCUGCAAAUGGAGAUAAUCCUUCUCCAGAUAUGAUGGCCCUUGAUCUCUCUGGCACCACUAAGAGCAAAACCCCUAGAAAGACCCUUCCUAGAUUGCAGUCAAGGUCCCCUGACAGUACCCCUGUCACAAGGGCCGGACAGGGCAGUGGUGGGCUUGGAAGAUUCACGCUGGAUUCUGGGUACGGAAGCACCGAUUCCAGCCUGGGGGAUGAUAACCGGGCUUCCCUUGUGAGGGACUCCAAGUUGAUCAGAUCCGAAGCUCAGGCCAAGUGCGAGAGCGGGAAGGAGAAUUCGCUGUCUGCGGAGUUCGGGUUAGGCCUGGACGUUGAUGACGACCUCUUGAAGACCCCGCCCAAGACCACCUGUCCGGAGUGGCUGUCACCCAUCCGAGGAUUCUCACCCGUGCCCGAUACCGGCUUUUCCAUCAAGGACAUGGACUUUAACUUCACUCCUUUCAAGACGGGUCUCACCCCGAACAACCGUGCCGGGCAUUCCAACACGCCCAGGCAUCUCAUGUUGUCCCCGGUAAAUAGAAACGUUGCGAGUACGUCAGGAGGGGUGCGCAGCUCUCGUAAAGCAAGGCUGAUGACACCCAGGAGGCAUAUAGAGAAUAAGGAAUACCUCAUGAAUUCCAGUUUUGAGAAAAUGUUUGGCGAUGUCAGCUUCGAUAUGGAUCCCGACAACAUCGAUGUCGGAAACAUGAGCUGGCUGCUCAAUUCUCCACCCCCUGUAAAAUAGAGUCUAUAGAUUAAUGAUUUUUAUCCCCCCUAAUUGUUGUAGAUCUGCAUAAAAUCAUUUCAUCUGGACUCAAUGUGACAAAUUUUUAUUUGAAAUCCUAUCAGAAGCAGCAACUAGCAAGAUCUUUAGAGCUGGUUUGACAGUGAUCAACAACUUAUUUCAAGCGGAAGUGUUUCAUAAAAGCAAAUGAUUAGUGAAUUUCACUGACUCAUUCAGAUGCAAGGAUUUCAGUCGCAUAACAGUUGUCAGUGAAAAUAACAAUUUUUUCAUGAAACACUCCCCAGAAGUCAUGAAAUGGUAAAAUUGCAUUAGUUUUUCUGUCAUAAAUUGGUAUGUGAUAUAGGCCUACUUAAAGUUCCUGCCCCAUGCAGCUGUGCAUACAUAUAUAUAAUGUAAAAAUGUAAAUGUUCACUUAUAUUUGUAUUUGUUUUUCUGUCACUUCUUACUUAUUCUUUUCAUUAAAUUGGUUUAGGCUUAACUUCAUUACAUAGGUCAUAUCGGACAGUGCUUUGAACUGAUAUACUUAUGAAUAUUCAUGAUGAUGAAAAUGCUGCCCUUUGUCCAAUUCAGGAGAGAUCAUAAGUGCUUUUUCAGGGGGAUUGUUUUUUUGUACCCAGUAGCUCAACUUGCCAUUAUUACUUCAGAAUUAUCAGAUUUAUUAUUUUCUCACUGUUUGUUUCUUGCACAUAUAACUUGAAUAUAUUAUUUGCUGCUUUGGAAAAUGAUACUGUUUAAGUUUCAGCGGCGUAUAUUGUGUCUUGCUUGAGCUCUUUAAUUUUAUGUAUAUUUUUUUCUUAAUGCAUGUUUGCUCGUGUACAGAUAUUUUAUUAUAAAUAUUAUAAUUUAUAUAUAACUUGGUGUUUAUGAUUAUAUGAUUUUAAUUGCCAAUUAUUUUGAUUUUGAGGGAAUAUACAGUAGACUCUAUAUGUCCAUCAGUCGAAUAAUAGUCUAACUCAAAGCAUUAUAUAAAUCAUCUUUAUUUCAUAAUCAAAAUAGAGAAAUAAA